ACAGGACAAAAUCUCUUCAGUCCAGCUCUUAGUCUACCACUGACACAGCUGCGAAACGUGAGAGCACGAACACAUCGAGAAGUGUUAAGAGAAAGACGUCUGAUACAGACAAUUCUUUGACAACAGCAUUUUUCAGAGUCAGAUUAUAUAGAUUAUCCAUUUUAUAUAUAAAAUGGACUCUAAGGAGGACCACAGAGAAACAUCUUGGCAAGGUCUUCAUCAAGAGGUCGAAGACACAGAGUCGAGCCAGAAAAGGCCGAUACAUGUGCCUGAAAUCCCUCCCAACAGGGUAAAAGAAAUUACCUCAGAGAUAGAGAAGCGGUUAAAAAGCAGCGGUGACGAAACUGUUAGCGAUCCAAAGACAGCCACUCAGUUGAGAGCUAACACCAGGCAGAUGUCUCAAACUGACGCCGAGAUCGAGAACGAGCUUCUUAGAGCUGAGCUCCAGGUGGAGAAUGAGCUUCUUAGAGCUGAGCUCCAGGUGGCGAAGCUGAAGAACAAACUUCUCCAAGAAAAACUGGACACAAUCCAUGUGCCACACCAUGAUAUCAGCGUAUGGUAUGAAACUGAAAUCAUGACGGUGAAACAACACGCUGAAACUCUCAAGCAGGAGCUCGACGAGGAAGCCAAGGCUCACAAAAACUCAUUGCUGAAAUGCGUGGGGCUGCUUGACAGCGUUAAUGCUGAGUGGACUUGCCUCCGUCACAAGAUGACCGAAAAGGAAGAAUAUUAUAAGAGACAGCUGGAGGAGCUUGAAAAACAGCUUAAUAUUCAGAUCUCUCUCAACGUUGAGCUCUCCGCAGAGCUCGAGGUCUUGAGAGAAUCUAAAGUCCCGAAGCAGAAGCCAUGUGAGCAGGAGUCCGUCACCACUGCACCGCACCCUGAACUCUCGGACGAGACUCAAGUCUCUGAGGUGAAGCUGUGUGACCAGCAGGAGUCCGUCGCCACCGCACCGUACCCUGAACUCUCGGACGAGACUCAAGUCCUUGAGGUGAAGCUGUGUGACCAACAGGAGUCCGUCACCACCGCACCAUACCCUGAACUCUCGGACGAGACUCAAGUCUCUGAGGUGAAGCUGUGUGACCAGCAGGAGUCCGUCGCCACUGCACCGCACCCUGAACUCUCGGACGAGACUCAAGUCUCUGAGGUGAAGCUGUGUGACCAGCAGGAGUCCGUCGCCACCGCACCGCACCCUGAACUCUCGGACGAGACUCAAGUCUCUGAGGUGAAGCUGUGUGACCAGCAGGAGUCCGUCACCACUGCACCGCACCCUGAACUCUCGGACGAGACUCAAGUCUCUGAGGUGAAGCGGUGUGACCAGGAGGAGUCCGUCACCACUGCACCGCACCCUGAACUCUCGGACGAGACUCAAGUCUCUGAGGAGGAGCUGUGGGACCAAGAGGCGUCCACAUCCAUUGCACGGGCCCUUGAAGAUUUUGAUUUGUCUCUGGACUUUGAGGACGACGACCUGUGUGAUGAGUGGGGGCUCCCCUUAAUAUCACCGGCUCUUCAACAGCUUGACGCGCCUCUAGACUUUGAUGAGGGGAAGCGGUGUGACCAGCAGGAGUCCGUCGCCACUGCACCGUACCCUGAACUCUCGGACGAGACUCAAGUCUCUGAGGUGAAGCUGUGUGACCAGCAGGAGUCCGUCGCCACUGCACCAUACCCUGAACUCUCGGACGAGACUCAAGUCUCUGAGGUGAAGCUGUGUGACCAGCAGGAGUCCGUUGCCACCGCACCGUACCCUGAACUCUCGGACGAGACUCAAGUCUCUGAGGUGAAGCUGUGUGACCAGAAGGAGUCCGUCGCCACUGCACCGUACCCUGAACUCUCGGACGAGACUCAAGUCUCUGAGGUGAAGCGGUGUGACCAGGAGGAGUCCGUCGCCACUGCACCGUACCCUGAACUCUCAGACGAGACUCAAGUCUCUGAGGAGGAGCUGUGGGACCAAGAGGCGUCCACAUCCAUUGCACGGGCCCUUGAAGAUUUUGAUUUGUCUCUGGACUUUGAGGACGACGACCUGUGUGAUGAGUGGGGGCUCCCCUUAAUAUCACCAGCUCUUCAACAGCUUGACGCGCCUCUAGACUUUGAUGAGGAGGAGCAGUGUGACCAGUGGCUGUACAAUUUUACUGCAGCAUUCCAUAAACUGACUUACUGGUCUCCAGACUCUGAGGCGAAGCUGUGGGACCAACAGGCGUCCACCUCCACUGCACCGGCACUUGACGAUUUUGAUUUGUCUCUGGACUUUGAGGAUGACGACCUGUGUGAUGAGUGGGGGUUCCCCUUAAUAUCACUGGCUCUUCAACAGCUUGACGCGCCUCUAGACUUUGAUGAGGGGAAGCGGUGUGACCAGCAGGAGUCCGUCGCCACUGCACCGUACCCUGAACUCUCGGACGAGACUCAAGUCUCUGAGGUGAAGCUGUGUGACCAGCAGGAGUCCGUCGCCACUGCACCAUACCCUGAACUCUCGGACGAGACUCAAGUCUCUGAGGUGAAGCUGUGUGACCAGCAGGAGUCCGUCGCCACUGCACCGUACCCUGAACUCUCAGACGAGACUCAAGUCUCUGAGGUGAAGCGGUUUGACCAGGAGGAGUCCGUCGCCACUGCACCGUACCCUGAACUCUCGGACGAGACUCAAGUCUCUGAGGUGAAGCUGUGUGACCAGCAGGAGUCCGUCGCCACUGCACCGUACCCUGAACUCUCAGACGAGACUCAAGUCUCUGAGGUGAAGCGGUUUGACCAGGAGGAGUCCGUCGCCACUGCACCGUACCCUGAACUCUCGGACGAGACUCAAGUCUCUGAGGUGAAGCUGUGUGACCAUCAGGAGUCCGUCGCCACUGCACCGUGCCCUGAGCUCUCGGACGAGACUCAAGUCUCUGAGGUGAAGCUGUGUGACCAGUAUGAUGAGCUCCCCAUAAUAUCACCGGCUCUUCAACAGCUUGACGCGCCUCUAGACUUUGAUGAGGAGGAGCGGUGUGACCAGCGGCUGUACAAGCUUACUGCAGCAUACUAUAAACUGACUGACUGGUCUCCAGACUUUGAGCUGUGGGACCAAGAGGCGUCCACAUCCACUGCGCCGGCCCUUAGAAAGUUUAAAGUGACUCCAGACUCCGAGGCGAAGCUGUGGGACCAGCAGGCGUCCACAUCCACUGCGCCGGCCCUUAGAAAGUUUAAAGUGACUCCAGACUCCGAGGCGAAGCUGUGGGACCAGCAGGCGUCCACAUCCACUGCGCCGGCCCUUAGAAAGUUUAAUGUGACUCCAGACUCCGAGGCGAAGCUGUGGGACCAGCAGGCGUCCACAUCCACUGCGCCGGCCCUUAGAAAGUUUAAUGUGACUCCAGACUCCGAGGCGAAGCUGUGGGACCAGCAGGCAUCCACAUCCACUGCGCCGGCCCUUAGAAAGUUUAAAGUGACUCCAGACUCCGAGGCGAAGCUGUGGGACCAGCAGGCGUCCACAUCCACUGCGCCGGCCCUUAGAAAGUUUAAUGUGACUCCAGACUCCGAGGCGAAGCUGUGGGACCAGCAGGCAUCCACAUCCACUGCGCCGGCCCUUAGAAAGUUUAAAGUGACUCCAGACUCCGAGGCGAAGCUGUGGGACCAGCAGGCGUCCACAUCCACUGCACGGGCCCUUAGAAAGUUUAAAGUGACUCCAGACUCCGAGGCGAAGCUGUGGGACCAGCAGGCGUCCACAUCCACUGCGCCGGCCCUUAGAAAGUUUAAAGUGACUCCAGACUCCGAGGCGAAGCUGUGGGACCAGCAGGCGUCCACAUCCACUGCACGGGCCCUUAGAAAGUUUAAAGUGACUCCAGACUCCGAGGCGAAGCUGUGGGACCAGCAGGCGUCCACCUCCACUGCACCGGCCAUUGAAGAUUUUGACUUGUCACUAGACUUUGAGGAUGACGACCUGUGUGAUGACUGGGCGCUCCCCUUAAUACCACCGGAUCUUCAACAGCUUGACUCUUGGAAGAAUCUCCCAGUCACAACAAAAAAAUCUUUCUGGAAGAGAAUAUCUGACUUUUUCCAACGGUUGAUGUCUAAGAAAUAAGAUGCAAGCUGUCACCUUUGCUCAUCGAAACAUGAGCUUGAGUUGAUCAAACUGCAGACUUCUCUACUGUGGACAGCCAGUAGAUACCACAUGUCACCUGUGGUCGGGCAUGAGGGGGGCAGUACAUCACCGUUACCUCCCACAGCAGCACACAUAUAACUUGCAGACAUUGUAGGGGGAGCUAAUCAGAAAUGUUCCCCACACUGUGUCAGUAGCUCUGAGCUGUAUGUGUGCCGUCUGUGUGGGGUCAACAUGUCCUCCCCAGGCCUCUGUGGGUUUCCUCCGGGUGCUCCGGUUCCCCCACAAUUUUCAAAACAUUUGUUUACAUUUGGAUUUGAUUUUUAGAAAAAAAAGGGGCAUGAGGGGGGCAGUACAUCACCGUUACCUCCCACAGCAGCACACAUAUAUCUUGCAGACAUUGUACGGGGAGCUAAUCUGGAAGACGAGCUGUCAGCCAAAGUGCCGACAUCUCUCCAGUCAGAAAUGUUCCCCACACUGUGUCAGUAGCUCUGAGCUGUAUGUGUGCCGUCUGUGUGGGGUCAACAUGUCCUCCCCAGGCCUCUGUGGGUUUCCUCCGGGUGCUCCGGUUCCCCCACAAUUUUCAAAACAUUUGUUUACAUUUGGAUUUGAAUUAAAAAAAAACAAAACAGAGAGAGACAAUUGGAAUGUGAUGGCUUCAACAACUCAAGCUGUAAAAUUUGUCAUCAACCAUCAAACUGCAGACUUCUCUUCUGUGGACAGCCAGUAGAUACCACAUGUCACCUGUGGUCGGGCAUGAGGGGGGCAGUACAUCACCAUUACCUCCAACAGCAGCACACAUAUAACUUGCAGACAUUGUAGGGGGAGCUAAUCAGAAAUGUUCCCCACACUGUGUCAGUAGCUCUGAGCUGUAUGUGUGCCGUCUGUGUGGAGUCAACAUGUCCUCCCCAGGCCUCUGUGGGUUUCCUCCGGGUGCUCCGGUUCCCCCACAAUUUUCAAAACAUUUGUUUACAUUUGGAUUUGAUUUUUAGAAAAAAAAAAGGGGCAUGAGGGGGGCAGUACAUCACCGUUACCUCCCACAGCAGCACACAUAUAUCUUGCAGACAUUGUACGGGGAGCUAAUCUGGAAGACGAGCUGUCAGCCAAAGUGCCGACAUCUCUCCAGUCAGAAAUGUUCCCCACACUGUGUCAGUAGCUCUGAGCUGUAUGUGUGCCGUCUG